AUGUCAGCCGCCGAACAACCCGAACAACCGGUGCCCUCGACGCAGCUCAAUGGCGAUGCAGCUGCCGACCCGCGCCCCGUCAUUUGCGUCUUCUGCGGAGCCAGCAGCGGCACCUCGCCGAAGCACCUCGAGGCGGCGCGCACCCUGGCACACGCCCUGCACGCCAACAACAUGCGGCUCGUCUACGGCGGCGGCACGGUCGGCCUGAUGGGCGAGGUGGCGCGCACGCUGGUCUCGCUGUCGGGGCCGGACGCGGUGCACGGCAUCAUCCCCGCGGCGCUGGUCAAGCUGGAGCAAAACUACGACAAGGCCAUGGAGUCGGCGGGCAACGGCGACGAAUCGCACGACGGGCUCGGCCCGCGCAACGUCAUCGACCAGAAGGUGUACGGGCGGACGACGGUGGUCAAGGACAUGCACACGCGCAAGAGCAUGAUGGCGCAGGAGGUCAUCGCGGGCGGGCCCGGCGGCGGCUUCGUCGCGCUGAGCGGCGGCUACGGCACCAUGGAGGAGCUGAUGGAGGUCAUUACUUGGAACCAGCUCGGCAUCCACAACCGCGGCGUCGUCGUCUUCAACGUCGACGGCUACUACGACGGCUUGAUCAGCUGGGUCCGCAACGCCGUCUCUAGCGGCUUCGUCUCGCCCACCUGCGCCGGCAUCCUGGUCGAGGCCCUGUCUGCCGACGAGGUUAUCCAGUGCUUGCAGGAGUACAGGAACGCCGAGGGUCGGUUCAAAUUGAACUGGAGCGAGAACUGA